ACCGAGGCAUGUGGUCCGUGUGUAGCCUAACAGAAUUGGCGAGGAUGCAUCUAGUAGCUUCUAUGCGUCUAUCUACCUAGGUAUUCACUUACAUCGCUGGACGAAACACCAAAUAUUAAAAUUCUAGCAUUAUAUUUCCAGGCGCAUUGAGUAGAAUAAAAAUCAAUAAGACUUACUAUCCAAAAUCAAUUAAAUGGUGAGAAUUCUUCAACAGUCAACUCUCAGACUUCUGAGCAACACUACAACAAACCAACUAUACCGUCGUUACCCGCUAUCACGAAAAGCCAUGUCGUCAGCAGCAGACUCCAACCCCGGCGGCACAGAAAAUCACGAACAAAGUGAAACCUCAUCUCAGAAAACUCCGCUACCGCUCCCAGAGCCAAGCCAAGCAGGCGGCGCCACGCAACUCCCCGUAGGCGGCGAAGGAGUUCGCCUAGACCACCUGGGCCCACUAGUCGUCAACGAAGACGGAACAAUGAGCCGAAUCUCCAACUGGGACAAAAUGGCUGAAAUCGAGCGACAAAACGCGUUGCGGAUCUUAGGCAAGAGAAAUAAAUUACGCCUCGAAGCUUUAAAAGCAAAAGCGCAGACACAAGCCUGAGGGGAGAAACCCGAGGAGCAACGAUGAUAUACGGUGUGACUCAAAGGGCAAUGUAUUGAUUAUAUAAAAAGGGUGGUGGAUGGAGUGAAGCAAGCUUCACCGAUAAUUUACAGAGACGCCUAUUAUCGGGAUGGCGUGAUAGCUACUAAAAAUGUGUACACGUACUUCAUAUUGGCGAUCGCAUAUGCACGUCUGAAUAGAAUCAGUCCUUUUCAAUAUUAUUUUACUGGAGCCAUCUGUAGCUUGAAUCUAAAAUGUAGCUUGUCAGUUUGUGAAUGCAUAUUUUGAAAAUUGCAUCGAAUAAACCCCUCGCGAUGAGCGCUGGAGACAUUACCCCUGCAUGCCCUAAUAGUAUGGAGAUCGUCGAAGCGCAAAGAAACUAACGUUUAAAAGCGGUGGACCAACUAU